GGGAAUACACUGACAGCUCUUAAUUGCCUGGACUUUUAAUGAGGAGGAAAUGUGGGGGAUAGUAUCUGCAGGUUCGCUCACAUCAAUUCUUGCAGCACCGCAUGGCUUUUAUAAAACGGUCGCAUGAUUUUUGGAGAUCUCUUUGGUCAUGAUCGAUACCUGGCCCAUCUGGGUGGCUGAGAGAAGUGUAGCAUGGUUAAUACAACUUGAUAACAACCUACUAUUACAGUUCAAUUUGAGGCCUUUGCCUGCAGGCGAUUAGCUCUCACAAAAUGAAAGUGUGUGGCAAAUUCAUUUAGCAAGUUGUUCUUGCAGUUUUGCCCACUCACCCAUCUGUUUUUCCUGUAACAGAGAUCUUGUGAAUUGAUAUGGUACCUAAGUGUUGGGAUGUUGAGGUGUGAACAGCAGUUCAAGAGAAAAAGAAAAAAAAAAAGGCUGUUAAUAUAAAUGAGACCACAGCCUACAAUAACAAAUUAAAUUGAUUAAAAUAUCAGCAAGGUGAUUACUUCAAUCAGUAUUAAAUUGAUCAGACACCACUUUGCAGCAUUCAUAUCUUAUAAAACGCAGUCAUUUCCGACGCCUCUGCCCUUGUUUUAAUCUUCAAAAUUGAGGUCCCUGUUCUCAAUGAGCACCACAGUAGAAGUGCUGGAGAAUGGGUCAUGAUACAUAUAAGAAAAAACAAAUGGACCCCAGUGACGGACGACGGGGAUAAUAUGGAUUCAGUGGAUUAAAAAUAAAGACAGUGGAUGGCUUGGAUAAAAGGAGAGACAGAGGUUAAAGACCCUCCAAUAGCCUCCUCCCUCUCUGUUGCUCUCUCUUUCUUUCUGCACACACACACACACACACACACACACACACACACACACACACACACACACACACACACAGAUACACACUCGGUUUGCAUGCCUCUCGCUGAUCAUUUCUAAGCCAGAUUGUUGACAGUGAAUUUUCUCUGCAGCUCUCCAGAGAAAUUCCAAAUGGAUUUACGGAGGAAGGGUCAAGAUUAAGAUGUUAUGAAAAAAUAAAAAUAUAUGUAAGAGAAGAUCUUUGAAGACCAGCUGAGAGAUCAUCAGAGGCGACUGACCAACAGAGAGAGGAAGCGGCUCUUUGAAGUUUGACAGGCAGACUCUCCUCACUGUGAGUCAGCGCAGUACAUCCAUGGAAGGGAAUGGCUCACACAGGGGCUCCUGGUUUGAGCCCUCGUCCAUCCAGCCGCUGUUCCUCUCCCAGCUGUCCCCCUCUGCAGACCUGACCGUCGCUAUUUUCCUAACCUUCACAGGUGUCACAUCUGUGCUGGGGAAUGGCACGGUGCUGUUAGUCUAUUGUAGGAAAAAAAAGAAGCUCAGACCUCCAGAGCUCAUGACCAUCAACCUGGCUCUCUGUGAUUUUGGUUUCAGCCUCUUGGGAGCACCAUUUUUCAUCACUUCCAGCCUGUGUCAUGCCUGGGUGUUUGGGGAGACAGGGUGCCUUUGGUACGGCAUACAGGGCUUUGUGUUUGGCAUCGGCUCUCUGCUCACCACCUGUCUCAUCUCUCUGGACCGCUGCCUAAAGAUCUGCUGCUUAAGAUACGGUCAAUGGAUCGAGAGGCGCCAUGUAUCACUGUCCAUAGCUCUGGUGUGGGUUUACACAUUGUUCUGGGCCUCUCUGCCUGCAUUGGGCUUUGGGAGCUACGGACCAGAACCUUAUGGGACCAGCUGCACCAUUGACUGGUGGAGAAUGAGGGUGUCUCCAAAAGACAGACUCUACAUCUUCCUCAUCCUGGCUUUGUGCUUGGGAUUUCCCACGCUCACCAUCAUCACUUCAUAUUUGGCCAUCCUGCUGACGGUCUACAGAUCAAAUCGCACCUUAGCAUCUAUACCGUCCUCCUCUGUCAGUCACACCAGCAAAGACCUCAGACUUGCAAAGAUGGCUGCGGUGGUGUGCAGCACCUUCCUCCUGGCCUGGAUGCCCUACGCCACUGUGUCUCUCAUCUCCGCCCUCAUCCCCAGAGAUGACCAAGAGGCAGAUAGCACUGUACAGACUGCGGGAGAGGAGUCCACUGCCAUGGCCUCAAACUCUCCGAAGAUCCUGGACGUCCCCUCGCUGCUCAACUGGACAGCCACAGAAUAUUAUAGACUAACAAAUUACAACCCUGAGGGAUUAUGGGGUCAUGUGGCAGACGUGAAUCCCAACUCGGGCCUGAAUGGCAGCACGUUCAGCUCCACGCUUGACGAGGAAGCUGAGGCAAUGACCAGGAUCCCGCAGCCGCGCUCCUGUCUGCCACCUGUAGUCACUUUAAUCCCAGCUAUGUUUGCCAAGUCCCACUGCAUGAUCAAUCCUCUAAUUUACCAGAUCAUGAACAGGGAGUUCAGGGACGACGUCUAUGUGCUGGUGUUUGGUCGAAUGAAGGCAGAGAGGAGACGAGUGCAAAGGAGGAAGGAGAGCUUGGAGCAUCAUCAGCUUCUCCUAUUGCCAGGGCUGGAGGAGGAAGAGGAGCAACUCUAUGUCUGUAGGAAGGAGAAACAAAAGUGUGAAGAGCCAGGGGAGCAGUAGUGGAGGCAGAUCAGGCUCCUGUGUUGAUGAUAGAUCAGUGGGGGCUGAUCUGCUGGACUUUGCCUCCUUGGACACAUGGAGGAAGACAGGAAGAGAUAUAACAGGGUCAACAUUCAGCACUGUCUGAUAGAUAGAUAGAUAGAUAGAUAGAUGUUGUUAUUUAUAAAAAACGCAACCAAUAUUUUCUACUAGUACGAGUUACAGGUUCAGUACAAAUCAAGUUUAGACUCCCGCACUCUAACCUCCAACUCCUACUUGUCUAUUAUAUGUUACCAAACUGUCAACCAUAUGAAUAAAUGAAUGAAAUGAAUGAAAAUAAAAUAAAUAAUGAAUAAAUACCUUAAACUGAAAACUGUGUGACAAAGUUUAGCUCUCUAAGCAGCGCAGCCACAAAACAUAUAUGAAUAUAAUGUUUCUGGACUUAUUUAUAUGAUGUAUUAUGUCAUGUUUGUCAAAUGACCAGUAACUCUGUUCCUGGCAUCAAAUAUGCACCGAGGAAGAAGUGACGCCUUUAAUUGUAGAUACAGUUGCCAGUUUUUAUAACAUACACGAUGGAAGAUUUAACAUUUUAGAAAUUAAUAAAAUGACUUGAGCUCUUGUAAAUCUGUCCUCAUACUGAGUUUUAUUAACUUAAACCUCAGUUAAUUCCCGUGUCUGGGAGUUAACCUCAGUAACAGGGACCUCUACUGGACUUUAGGCGGCUCCUACAGGACACAGUGAGCAGGUCCAGAUUAAACCACAGGUACAGUUUCUGAGAAUGAUCAUGUGAGUUUGACCCAGACAGCACAGGUCUAACCAUGGCUUAAACCUUAAACUACAGUUCAGCCAAAAGCAGAACAACAGCCCAGUGUGGUGUAAUACAAGAACCCUGCAAUAAAUUGUAUGUGACUUUCUGGGUCCAAUGGUUUCUGCGUGCAGCGGCGGGGGGAGGUCGUUGCCUAAUCCAGCCUUGGCUCCAGUCCAGUUUGUCAUUGUGCAUU